ACAAACGUCAAACUGCGGCCAGACUCCAGAGGCAAAUAUUGAUGUGUUUUCUUUACCUACAGGUAGUGAUAUUUGAUAGAACUACUAAAAUAACAGUUUAUUUUUCCUAAUGUUAAGACCGAAGCUGCAGUCGAAAAAUUAGGCCAUCAAAAUCUAACAUGGAUAACAGUGAAAACAAGGAAUCAAUCGAUUUGCAUGUUAAGACAGAGAAAUACCAUUUAAAUGAAAACUACUACUGUGAGUUGCCAAUAAAAACAAUUCAAAAGUACGAGAUAAAAAUCGAAGGUGAUAACGUCGUCGAAGCAGCUGCUGUUGUACCAAUCACUAAAGAGGAUGAUGACGAUGAAGACGUCCCCAGAGACGAAGGUUUCGAGUGUGACGAAUGUGAAGAGACAUUUGCAUGUGAACAAACACUCAGCCAGCACAAAAACGCUCGACAUGCUGAAUUUUCUUGUAAAUCCUGUGGCAAGUCUUUCGGAUCGGUAAAAAACCUUCACAUUCAUAAAGCCAGAUGCAAAAGAAAACAAAAGUAUAAAUGUAGUGUUUGCUCUAAAGUCUUUCAAUACGAAAGCAAGUUGAAGAUCCACGAGAAAGUGCAUGAAAAAAAGACAAAAAAGACAUUUAGAUGCGAAACCUGCAACAAAAGCUACAUCAUAGAAGCACGCUUUUUGCAGCACAAACAUACAGCUGCUGAAUCCCCUAAAAAGCUGCACCUUUGCGAUAUUUGUGGGAAAGGUUUCGUUGGACAGAUGAAGCUAAAACAUCAUAUUUCCGUUGUCCAUGCCGGAGUGAAAGCUCACGAAUGCAGUAUAUGCUCCAAACGAUUUGCGUCUCCAUACAAUCUGCAGACACACAUGCGCGUCCAUACUGGGGGAGAAAAACGAUUCAAGUGUGAUAUUUGCGGGAAGGGUUUUCAUGCAUUAUCCAUGAUGAAGAAACAUUAUGGCGUGCAUACUGGCGAGAGGCCGUACACAUGCGCGGUGUGCUCUAAGGGAUUUUUCAACCGUGUGGAUCUGGAAAUGCAUACAGAUACCUACCACACUGAGAAACUAUCCAAAUGUAAAACUUGUGACAUGGAAUUCAACACGAAGUAUGAUCUCAAUAUGCAUGUAUCGAGCACUCACAAUGAAUUUCUACCAUAUCAAUGUGAAACCUGUCUAAAGGUGUGUGCAAAUAACGUUAUGUUGAAAAGACAUCGAAGGAUUCACUCCGUAUCAAAGACGUUUACCUGCGACAUUUGUGACAAAGUUUUUGUCGUUGAGCUUCAUUUUCGUAGGCACAUGCGCUUUCACGAGCGACCAACCCUUUGUAAGAUCUGCGGUAAAGGAAUAACUUCGAACAACCUUGACCGGCACAUGAAGACCCACAUCAAUGGGGCCAAGUCAUAUGACUGUGGACAGUGUGGAAGAUCGUUCCAACGUCCGUCCCAUUUGCAAACGCAUGUUUUACGCAUGCACGAACGUAAAAAAUUAGACGCCUAGUCUUCUUACGGAACAGGCUUCUGUUCAGUGUUUUUUUUUUGUGGUUCGCAGUCUGGAGCAGUGUUGAAAAUUUUCACUGUCAGUGAUAGAUUCUCGGUUGAAACUGAAAACUGCGAAUAUCACAUUAAACAAGAACAGUGAUAUUUACUUUCAGCUCUAAUUAGUUGACAGUGAUAAUGCUGACUGGCAGCAUUCCUGUAAUUUCGCACUCGUAAUGUUACUUUAACCCUUUAUAAGGCCGUGAAAACUACGCAAGGAAUCAACAUAAACUUCAAUAAAACGUAUUCCUUACAGAAGAAACAACACAAAUGUACCUUUGUUAAAAAAUUAACUAUUGAAUCAAUUGAAAAAAUUGGUGGCAAUAUAGUUGCCACUGCCCGUUAACCCCAAAAACGAUGGAAGCAUUUUUUUUUGCAUCUGCAUUGUAAGCUUGAUUUUUUGUAAUUAUAAAAAAUGAAAAAUCAUAGUAAUUCGAAUGUAACAGUAAGACUUCAUUUAUUUUGCAUGGAAAAGAUCGAAGUAAACGGUUUUUGAGUGGUAUCCAGAAAAUAUUUUUAGGAAAAAAAUUUGGAUUUGUCGUCAUCAUGUAUUUUAACGAAAAAAAUGCAUAGUCUAACACAGUAGGUCCUGAAUAGAAAGUUCCUGGUGAAAAACUUACCACAUUGUUGGAUUUUCACCAAAAUAAAAAUGAAUUUCCUGAAGACAGUCUAAAAUUGCGGUUUGUUCACAUAAAAAUGAUCCCAAAAUCAAUAUUGUACACUUCUUGCAGUCCUAGAAAAAACUGAAGUGUUCUAAGACACCUGUAGAAGUCUUUGGUUAAGUCAAAUUUGAAAUCAAUAUUCUGAGUGCAGCGAAAAAAAUAAAUUUUGUUGGUGGCAAUAUAGUUGCCACUGCCUUAUGAAGGGUUAACGAUGUUUAUGCGGUGGAGGAUAAAGAUACCUACCUACCUUAUUGACUUCAUGCAAUGGAUUGACCCAGAAUAAAUAACUUCGGUAUUAAUUAGGACAUAUCAUUUAUGUCACUGACAUGAUUUCCACUGAUAAUUGACUCGGGUGACCCUCAAUAUCAGUUUGAAGAGAGUAAAAGUGAAACUGCUGUUGUAUCAUUUUCAUUUUGCAGUGUCGAAAUUUCGUAACACUGGUCUAGAGGUAUUUAAAUAUCGUUUGCUAUAUCUAUUUAAUGCUCAGCUGAGCAUCUCCUAGCUGUUCACGCAGCACGUUGCUGGUCAAACACAAGCCAGUCAUCGUAUGUUCGAAUCCCGGCUCGGGAUAUACCGCUAGUGUCAGUAAGGUCGUAGCGCCAAGCUACGAUUUUCGGUCAAGUUCAGAUGGCACAUUUUUGACAUUUGUGAAUAUUGAUGGCGGUUGGUUGUCUUUUGUUGACGACUAUGCACUCGUGCCUUCCAUACACGAUUUGGUUGGUGUCAAAAAACAUGAAAAGUCGUUUGGUUUUGGUGUUUUAUGAGGAACGAACGAAACUUAACUUUGUCUUAAUUCAAAAAAAAAAUUAUGAAGCUUAGAAAAUAUAUUACUGUAU